CACGAGCCUGAACCUCACGGAGGCGGGGUCAGCGAAGAAACUCGGAAUUUCCUGGUGAGCUGCGACAGCUAAGGAAGAUGAAUGUGGGUGUAGCUCACAGUGAAGUGAACCCCAAUACGCGGGUGAUGAACAGCAGGGGUAUCUGGCUCACCUACCUGCUCCUGACUGUGGUGUUACAUGUCAUCCUGCUCAGCAUACCUUUCUUCACUGUGCCGCUUGUCUGGACCCUCACUAAUGUCAUCCACAACAUGGUGAUGUACCUGUUUCUACACACGGUGAAGGGCACUCCCUUUGAGACACCAGACCAAGGGAAAGCACGUCUGCUCACACACUGGGAACAGAUGGACUACGGUGUGCAGUUUACGUCUUCGCGCAAAUUUCUCACCAUCUCGCCAAUUGUCCUGUAUAUUCUUGCAAGCUUCUACACAAAAUAUGAUCCCACACAUUUCCUGAUCAACACAAGCUCCCUCCUUAGUGUUCUCCUUCCAAAGUUGCCUCAGUUCCAUGGAGUGCGGAUAUUUGGGAUCAACAAAUACUGACUGAACACUGGAUUUUUUUUUGUGUUGGACUUGAAUGCUUCUGUUGUUUUUUUUUUCUCCUGAACUGUCGUGUUUAGAGUUUGAAGUGAGGAGAAUUAAUUUGUCUAAACUGUACAGACUGUGUUAAUGUAUUGAAGUUGCAGCUUGCGCUGCCUCUUGCAGCCUGAAAGUAUCUUCUUUUUUUUCUCCUAUGAUCUUUCUGACACUGACACUUUGCUGGACUUGAACAUCACUGCUUUUAAAUUUUUGUCAUGUUUAUACAUUCCUCUGUCAUGUAUGUAGCCUUUCUGUUACAAUACAACUGUGUUCCAUUG